CUAUUUUUAAAUCUCUACGUCUGCACUCCUGAAAUAGAUAGUGUUGAAGUUUCGGGUGAUAUUUGUGCGCGGUUUGCUGUUUAAAAUUCGAAGUAAUUUCUAAAUUAAUUUCUAAUUAAGCAAACGUUGUCGUUUUCAAAUCAAAAUAUGGCGGAUCCAGCGCAAGUCCAAGGGGCAGGAAGUGGAGAAGGGCCUGCGGAAGUAAAACCAACUGAAAUUCCAAAAGUGGAACCCAAAGCAGUUGAGGAAGACAAAACAGUUGAAAGUGCUUCUAAAAUAGAUAAUGUGCCUGAACAGGCUGUUCCUAAACCAGAAACAGUACAGAUAGCAACUCAAACGUCUGUAUCUGAUGCUAACACGAAAGUAAAUGAAGUUCCGUCACAAGAAACUGAAACAAAAAAAGAUACGGUCCCUGAUGUUCAAGUAACAGUAGUAGAUGCUACAGCAACAGUUCCCACGGUACCUGCUGCUGAAACAAAGAUAGAUGAAGUGAAAUCCGAAGAACCAACAUCGACUACUUUAAAAAAUGAUGAAGCACAACCUCAACAAUCUAGCGAUUGGCAACAAAGAGAACAAGAACUUCUCAAUAAGAUUGAAGAAUUAGAAAAGUUUAAGAAGGAAAGGACAGAAGACGGUUUUAAGUUAGAGCUGAAAGUACGCGAAGAAGAAAUAGAUCUUCUAAAAGCUAGAGUUAAGAAUCUAGAAACGGAACUACAAGCGGCUCUGUCUAAGCCUGGUAAUAAAAACCACGAGUUAGUGGAGAAAAUCAAACUGCAGCAUGAAGAGCUCCUCAGCAAAGCCCGCGGAAUGAUCUUCGACAAAACGAAGAUGGUCAAGAAUCAGGAACUGCAGAUAGAAGCGUUGACGACUCAGGUUCAAUCGUUGAAGGAUAUCAAUCAAAUUACUAAGGACUUGCUGGAAAUAAGAAACUCUGAAGUGAAGGCUAUGGAAGAGCGGCUGCAGGUGAUGGAGGCGCGCUUCAAGGCGGAGAAGGAGCGCUACGAGCUCGUGCUGCGGCGCGCGCAGACGAGCACCAACAUCAACGACGACCUGCGCCGCGAGUACGAGACGCAACUCGCGCUCUUCAAGGAGCUGAGAGCAAAAUACGAGCUAAGAGUUCAAGCUCUGGUCGCCGAGAACAAUCGGCUCAAGGAGUUGCCGAACGGGGGAACGUCGGGGUAGUCGUUAUCGUCGUCGGAGCGAAACGAGCAGACACACAGUUGAUUUCAUUUCAAAAGAAAUGUAAACAGAUACACACGUUUGAAAUAAAAAACACAAAUCUUAAUGCAGUGUUACCACUCAAUUGUCAUCAGUCUCAUAGAAGAGUUUUAUAGGAAGAAACUCGAAACUCACCGCAGAACACGAACGUGAAAUGUCAGAAUGUGAUAUGCCAGAAUGUGAUAUGCGACAUUGACUAUAAUAAUAGUAAAAACUUUUUGAUACAAGUAUUAAAAUAGCGUAUCACCGUAAGUCGGAAGUGAAUUCUUACAGAUCUUACAGAUUCGUACUGGUGGUUUUUUAAGACCUUUGAUUUUAUUAAUGCAAAAUUUUGAUUUAUUCGUUGAAUUCGCCAUCGAUAAAUGUUUUAAACAAUUCUUAAUUUUGAAACUAAAAUAUUUUCCUUCAAAUUUAUUCCAAUUUUUAAACAUCAAAAGGUUUUCAAAUUCUUUGAAGUGCCAGUGAGUGAGUUCAUUUUCUCUAAACUGACGUUAAAUAUAAACAUAAAAAUAUAAUAGAUUGAUGAGAAUUUUUUUGGAAAACUUUAAAAUAAAUCUUUUUGAUCAAUUUGUCUCGAUUUUUAAAACUAAAAUGUUUUUUAAUGUCGUAUAGGAUAUUUACAGUCACUAAGUGUGACUUGCCGUAUUCGGUCGACAACGUAACGUAUUUUUCGAGUGUCCUGUUGUGAUUUGUGAUCUGUUUAUGUUUCAUACACAUUGAUUUGAAAAGGACUUAACGUAUAUUAAGACUGUUUUAUAGGAGAGUGUGAAUUAGUAAAAAAUAAUAUUUAUAUAAAGUACUGUAAUAUUUUUUAACGAAAACGCCAUUUUAAUAAAGUUUCAAAUACUUUUCUGAUUUA